AUUCGAUUCUAGCUGAAGUUAUCCAGCAAGGUAGGUAUUCUGGAAAGGUCGCUAGUCAGUUAGCAUCACAUGAGAAUCUGAUGGCGAUGCUGACGACAACUUAAAGUGGCUCAAGGUGCCGAACUUCCGACUGACAACGGAGGCCACUCAGUGGUAUUUCAAAUUCAGGCUACAUCAGAACAGAGCCGAGUUGACAUGACGUCCGAUUCUUGUUUCGUUCCUUUAAAUAAAUGUUUUCCCACUCGAAACUGCCAAGAUCUCGUCCUCUGGAGUCAUUGGCUCUCUAAUUUCCUCCGUCUCCAGCCAUCAUGUUUAGGGUAAACAGUGGUUCCAUAUAACCGUGCAUUUGAAUCAAUGUUGCUCUAAACACCAAGAAUCAAAUAUCACGAGAAGCAUGAUUCCUAUUUUGUGGUUAUUUUCCAUCCCAUACUAUUGCCCUCGGUUGAAGUGCCGCGACGUUUCUCAUGGUAUCAUGCAGUAACAUCUUCGGUUUCACAACCCCCCAGCUCGAACUCAACGUCCGCUUUCAGACGGACACUCAUGAAAAUUACCCCUUAGCCAUUGUGCUUCACGGGCACAGAGGGGUAUGGCAUUAGUGAAUACAAUAAUGAAUUGCACUAGAGGCCUCUCCCCGGAUACGCAUCUUAUCUUGGAUGUUCACCAUACUGCAUCCAUCAUCAACCACUUACAACGCUGCUUAUUCUUCUGCCUACCAAGCCACGUAACGAUGCAAUCAACAACACCAACACAAACCAUGCAAGUCAAUUUGUAGUUGCCUGGCAAAGCGUCUGCCAAGAUUGAUAGUCUUUGUGCGGCUGAAAUCAAUCCUUCUGAGCUGCAUGUCACCAGGUGAUGUUAUCUGCAGGCUUUACAUAGGCUUAUAUGUCCUUGACCAACUGUGCAGCCUGGCAUGAGUAUAUAUGUGUCUUGCUUACCACAAACUUCUGACCAUCUGUGCCCGUGAUAACACCUUUAACUUCGACUGGAAAACACAAAGUAACUAACCAACGUCAACAUGGAUGCUGAAGUUCUUGCAAACAUGGACCGAUGUCCCAUGUACGCCUCCUUCUUUGGCGCAAUUGGUUGCGCGUGUUCCAUCGUCUUCACAACAUUCGGCGCAGCAUACGGCACCGCAAAGUCCGCCGGCGCAAUCUUCCAAUCUGGCAUCCUCCGCCCCGACAUGAUGAUGCAAAACACCUUGUGUGCCAUCAUGGCCCAGAUCCUGUCUAUCUACGGUCUCGUAGCAAGCGUCAUCAUGUCAAACAACAUCAAGGAGAAGAUGGCUAUCCACACGGCGUUUCUGCAGCUCGGUGCUGGCAUUUCGGUAGGGCUGUGCGGCAUGGCUGCUGGCUUUGCUAUUGGCAUUGUUGGCGAUGCCGGAGUUCGUGCAAGUUCGCAGCAACCACGUCUCUAUAUCGGAAUGGUCCUCAUCCUCAUCUUUGCCGAGGUUCUAGGCUUAUACGGCGUCAUUGUGUCCAUCCUUAUGUUAACCCGUUCCACCGAUGGUGUAACCGAAUGCAGGUAUUAAGAUGUACAAACCAGAGCGCGGUUGCUUGGUACCAUGUUAGACCAUAGGUUUCAAAUCAAGGCUGUCGUCAAUUGUACUGAAUAAAUGUUGUGGGGGUAUAUGCAGAUCUAAGAUAAUGAUGAGGCAGCCACAAGUUCACAGAUUCUUCUCUCCCGUGACUCUGUUCCUGUCCUCCUCUUGUUACAAUGCCCAUUCGUUGACGUUGUCGUUAUGCGUAAUGAAAGGCUCAUCAAUCCUCUUGAUUGCAAGGUCACUGCAAAGAAUACUGUAGAAUGUUAGCUGUGAAAUUACAAGAGGAAACACCAACAUACCAAGCAGAAGCAACAAGAGCAUCCAGCUCCGCCACCACAGUCUCCCUCUGAGUACCACUGACUAAACCCUUCUGUAUCUGUGUCUGAAGUUCCCUGAUACGUGUAGACUUUCCAACGCCCGCUUGCUCCAGAACCUUGCGUCCCAAGCAGUCAGAAUGGAACGAAUGCUGACAGGGGAAGACAAAGAACUGCCUGCUCAACAGCGGCAGCCCACACGUAUAACACUUCUCCCCAGGUUCCACGAUUGCGUAUCGGUGAUCGAGCGCAGCAAUGUCAACCUUGAUAUUUGUUGCAGUCUGCGACGACUCGUCCAUCUCUUUCUUCAAGUUAUCAAUGUUACGGCUGUAAUCUUCCAGCGCCGCGCAAAUCUCCUCUUUGAAGUCAUCGAUAACAACAAAGUCAGGGAAGAAAGGAAUGAGAUCCUCGAUCUUGAGCAAGUCGCACCGCUUGAGGAAUUCAAUGGCGGUCUUGAUUCCAUUCGAUUGAGAAAUGACUUUUCGGGCCACCGCAAGCCACAAUCGCUUGCGCAGUUGCGGAUUCGACAUGGGUCGAUCAGCAAUAACUGCUGCUAGCUCAACUUCGCCAUGAGAAAGCGCCAAGUCGACUGCCUGAAGAUACUGUCCCAUGCUAGUGUAGAUAUGAACGCAAGAUAAUGUUCGGUGGUGUUGAAUGCAAAGUCGAAGGGCGAAAUCUGGGUCGUAACGCGGCUCAUCACCUUGUGCUUGUAGGUAGGAUAAAAGUCCCGAUUCAUCCUUGGAGGAGUGAGAAGCGUAAAUCGAGACGAGAGUGUUGUGCACAGCAGCAUCUUUCGAGUUUAGCUGGUAAACCGCAUAGUUGAGGUAUCUGAUAGCUUGGUUUUGUGCAUUGGGACCUCCCGAGAAUGUACGGUUGUACUCGAGAAAGGCUGGUAUGAGAUUUCGAGGCUUCAGGUCAGCAUGCCUCAUCAAAAUCUCAACUAACUCCGGCGCUACAUAUGUCAUAAGUACGCUGCUAUAUCGGUAAAAGACUUCAGGAUCCGUCUGUUUCUUGAGAACAUUCAGGACCUCAUUCCAUCUCUCUCGCUGUACCCAGUAAGAGAGAACGUAGUUGUAGUCAUUAACCGCAUUGGCAAAAUAUAAAAGUUCUCCCUCACGGCCGUGGCUGCUGAUGACAUCGUAGACCAUUUUCCGGUCGAGGUCGUUUUUAUACUUGUCGACAAAAUCUCUAAAUUCUUUCCUCACAGACUCGAGUAGCUUUCGUGAUUCAGUCGAGUUGAGGUGCUCCGAUGGCUCAGCUUGUGUGUUUAUGGUAUCAUCCAGCGUGUUGAGUUUGGACAUAAAGACCUCGAUCAACCAUCCCGCGAUCAUCAUCCGCUGCAUCACUGCUGAUUUCUUGAGCGAAGCUAAUUUCGUCAGUAAGAACUUUCUCAAGGCAUCUGGUUGAUUAUUGUCGAUUAUGCUCAGUGCAAUAUCUUCAAAAGGCUUGUUGCUGCGGCCAUAGACAGUAGCAGCCUCGAGCCAGUGUCCAUUUUUGGCCAAGUGAUCACCGUAUGCAGCCGCGACUGUUUCCUUUUGAAGCGGUGUUCGAGCAUGUUGCAGAGCUGGCUCAAACUCUUUCAGUUUUGUCAUAAUCUCCCAGAUGUUGCGCUCCUCAUCUCGAACCACAAUCUCGAAUAUCUCAUCUGACGUAAAUAGCCAAAAUGUGUUCUUUUGGAUAUCCACGGAGAACCCGAGAGGCUUCUGUCCCUGACCGAUAACAUCAUGCUCAGACACCAUCUUUCCGGUGAGGCGGUUCGUUGUAAUGACACGACCUCCGACCAGGUGGACAAUAUGCCAUUGUGUGAGUGCGAUUGCAUCGAUUGCCUCGGUUGUCGGGACUCGUCUUUCGCUAUUCUCAGGGGAAAGGAUCUGAGCUCUAGAAAGCAUAUGUGAUUCUGAAAAGACCUUGGUCCCGAGGUUGCUGUCUACAGGCUGGUUCAAUAGUUUACCGUGGAACACGCCUUGGUACGAUAGCCAUGCAUAUGCUCUAUCAGGAAUGUCGUCAUCGUAUGGUCCAGAAUCCGGGGGGUCUGGGGACACCGCUAGACUCGAAGGUGCUCCUGAGGUCGUCCGGGACAGUUCAUGAACAACAGGCUGCUCUGACUCGAACAAUCGGGUGUAUACAGACCCUGAACCAUCAUGCCCAAACCCUAUCCUUCCGACUAGGUGAAACAAGCGUGUCUGAGUAGCUAUCACAACCCGUCGAAGGUCUGACUUGUUAUUCUGGAGAUUGUCCACCCAUAAUCCCGUAAUUGGUCCGUCAGGAAGUUUAUGUAGAUUCUUUAAGUGCUUCACCUCCUUCUUGUAAAACUCCUUUGACGUCUCAAUGAAGGCCUCAUAAAUGUUGCCGUCGGAUGCACCAAUCAAUAUCUCGCGUGUCGACGCUGUCGGUAACGAAGGGUUCCAUGCCACACUCUCAAUC